GCCAGAGCCCUCCUCCUGUGCUGUCUUCCUGAGAACUUAAUUAGUUUGAUCUUUAUUUCAAUACAACUUACCCUGCACAACGUUGGAAAUGGCGGGCAACAACCCCAUCGUCGGAGGAAACGGCGGCGACAUCUUCUCAGCGUACGGUCCAUCAAAGUCUCCAGUCCACACAAUCGACGCAUGGGGAGACCAUGGAUUCGACUGGGCAACCGCCUUCUAUAUCGUCAAGGGAGUCCAGCUCACCUUUGCUGAUGGUGUCAAAAGUGCGGUCUUUGGGACUGCGUCCGGAGACCACCAGUCUUUCACCUUCAACAAUGGCGAGAAGGUGAAGGAAAUGACCAUCCAUGCAUCGGGACGUGUGGACAGGAUCGAAAUCACAACCAAUCAAAGCCGAUCGUUUGCUAUUGGUGGCAGUGGGGGUGUGCCUUUCUCCUGCCACGUUGGCAAUGGCAUCCUUCUUGGCUUCGAGGGAAGAAGCGCUGGAGACGUCGAUGCUAUCGGAGCUGCAUUUCAGACUUAGACUGUUCAAGAUCCUAGAGGAAUGCAUCAGAUUUUAUGUCAUACAGCAUGGCCAUCAACAUGUUAACACUAUACCAUCUUCUAUAUCAAACAUCACAAAUUCAAUUUAUAUGUAUUGAUGAGUGUAGGUGGUCGGAUAUCGCAUGUUCAUUAGAUC